CGCACUCGAGCACACACUCUCUCCGUGACUUACACUCCAUUUCUCUCUGUGUUCCGGCGAACGCCGCUUUACAUUUUUCCGGUGAGGUAACCGGCGGAGUUAGGUUUUUUCCGGCGAGAAUGGGAGGGGCUAUUCUGUCGGAGCUCGCGACGGAGAUAGUGAUUCCGGUAUGCGCCGUCGUCGGGAUCGUGUUCUCACUGGUGCAGUGGUUCCUCGUUUCAAAGGUGAAGCUCACACCGCACGCAACGUCGUCUUCGAGUGGUAACAGCAACAACAACAACAACGGGAAGAACGGUUAUGGAGAUUACCUGAUCGAAGAGGAGGAAGGAAUCAACGACCAUAGCGUCGUGGUCAAGUGUGCCGACAUUCAAAGCGCCAUCUCCGAAGGUGCCACAUCCUUUCUUUUCACUGAAUAUCAGUAUGUGGGAAUCUUCAUGGUUGCUUUUGCGGUUUUGAUCUUCCUUUUCCUGGGUUCUGUGGAAAGCUUCAGCACCAAGAGCCAAGCUUGCACAUAUGACAAGACUAAGAUUUGCAAGCCAGCCCUUGCAACUGCAUUGUUCAGUACUGUAUCAUUCUUGCUCGGUGCUUUGACUUCGGUCCUCUCUGGUUACCUUGGGAUGAAAAUUGCAACCUAUGCCAAUGCCAGGACAACCUUGGAAGCAAGAAAGGGAGUUGGGAAGGCUUUUAUCACUGCAUUCAGGUCUGGUGCAGUGAUGGGUUUUCUUCUUGCAGCAAAUGGUCUUUUGGUGCUCUACAUUGCCAUUAAUGUCUUCAAGAUAUAUUAUGGUGAUGAUUGGGAAGGUCUUUUUGAGGCUAUAACUGGUUAUGGCUUGGGUGGAUCUUCCAUGGCUCUGUUUGGGAGAGUUGGUGGUGGUAUCUAUACCAAGGCUGCUGAUGUUGGUGCUGACCUUGUAGGAAAAGUUGAAAGAAAUAUCCCUGAGGAUGAUCCAAGAAACCCUGCUGUGAUUGCUGACAAUGUUGGUGACAAUGUUGGAGAUAUUGCUGGGAUGGGCUCUGAUCUUUUUGGCUCCUAUGCCGAAUCAUCUUGUGCUGCCCUUGUUGUUGCUUCCAUUUCCUCAUUUGGAAUCAACCACGACUUCACUGCCAUGUUGUAUCCCCUACUUGUCAGCUCUGUGGGCAUUCUCAUCUGUUUGAUUACUACUCUCUUUGCAACUGAUUUCUUUGAGAUCAAGGCCGUCAAGGAAAUUGAACCAGCAUUGAAAAAGCAGCUUAUCAUUUCUACAGCACUCAUGACUGUUGGAAUUGCAAUUAUUAGUUGGCUUGCUCUCCCAUCGACCUUCACUAUUUUCAACUUUGGAGCUCAGAAAGAAGUUAAGAGCUGGCAGUUAUUCCUAUGUGUGGCUGUAGGACUCUGGGCUGGACUUAUUAUAGGGUUUGUUACGGAAUAUUAUACAAGCAAUGCUUACAGCCCUGUACAAGAUGUUGCUGAUUCCUGCCGGACUGGAGCUGCAACCAAUGUCAUCUUUGGCCUUGCUCUAGGAUACAAGUCUGUCAUUAUUCCUAUUUUUGCCAUUGCCAUAAGUAUCUUUGUAAGUUUCAGUUUUGCUGCAAUGUAUGGAAUUGCUGUGGCUGCCCUUGGGAUGCUUAGUACCAUUGCUACUGGAUUGGCUAUUGAUGCCUAUGGACCUAUCAGUGACAAUGCUGGAGGCAUUGCUGAAAUGGCUGGAAUGAGCCAUCGUAUCCGCGAGAGAACUGAUGCCCUUGAUGCUGCUGGCAACACAACUGCUGCCAUUGGCAAGGGAUUCGCCAUUGGAUCUGCUGCUCUGGUAUCUUUGGCCCUAUUCGGUGCCUUUGUCAGCAGAGCAGGAAUUUCAACUGUUGAUGUCUUGACUCCCAAGGUCUUUAUUGGACUCUUAGUUGGCGCCAUGCUCCCCUACUGGUUCUCUGCCAUGACCAUGAAGAGUGUAGGAAGUGCAGCUUUGAAGAUGGUUGAGGAAGUUCGCAGGCAGUUCAACACCAUUCCAGGACUCAUGGAGGGUCACGCCAAGCCUGAUUAUGCCACAUGCGUCAAGAUUUCCACUGAUGCAUCCAUCAAGGAGAUGAUUCCUCCAGGUGCCCUUGUCAUGCUUACACCACUCAUCGUCGGUACCUUUUUUGGUGUGGAAACUCUCUCAGGCGUUCUUGCAGGUGCUCUUGUUUCUGGUGUGCAGAUUGCAAUAUCAGCAUCAAACACUGGUGGUGCCUGGGAUAAUGCUAAGAAGUACAUUGAGGCCGGUGCAUCUGAGCAUGCUAGGACCCUGGGACCAAAGGGAUCCGAUCCACACAAGGCAGCUGUUAUUGGUGACACCAUUGGUGACCCUUUGAAGGACACUUCUGGGCCUUCACUCAAUAUCCUUAUUAAGCUUAUGGCCGUGGAAUCACUCGUCUUUGCUCCAUUUUUUGCCACCCAUGGCGGCCUUCUUUUCAAGCUCUUUUGAAUGAGUGGGAGCCACUCUGGUGGUAGAGGCUUCCUUUACUUUUAAAUCCUAUUUUUUGUCGGAGCUUUCAGUCGUUUUUUUGCCUUUUAUUUUGUACCAAUCAAUAGCUUCUUUCCACCUUUAGGUAGCUUCUUCGAUUAUGAGAAUUCGGAAUUUGUCACAAGAACCAGAUUUUGCCGACAACGAUUUUCAAUUAAUUUUCCGGCUUUGGAAGAUGCCAAUGUUUUUGGAAAUAUCAUUAGUAUCAAUUUCAAAGAUA